AUGUGGUUCUGGCCCAAGGCAUUAGAUGCCUUACCACCUCAGGAUCGGGUGCAACGGUACUUCUUUGUUCAGCGUACCUGUUUUGCUGCCAUUGGAAUCGACCCAACUUCUAUUAGAAGCACUAUUUUCAAUCGUUUUCUCGCCUGGAUCCCCAUGUUUUGCAUGCUGAUCAUAAUAGGUCCAAUGGGCUUGUAUGCUCUGAAGUAUAUACAGACGGAUCUGGAUCAGAUGGCCAGUGCUCUGGCACCAAUGUGGCAAGCAAUUUUAUCGAUAGUAAAAUUCUUUCUGUUCAUGUGGAAUAGAAAAAAGAUUGUCCGUCUGGUGCGUGAGGUAUGGAUGUGGAGUUUAGAAGUCAAUGAGAAGGAAUUGGUGUUGCUGGCGGAUGAAAUUCGCUAUGAUGUAUAUUUAUCGAUGCUGUAUGCUUCUUCAUGUUGUUGUUCAGCAGUGCUGGCAACACUCUCGCCAUUUAUAGUGGCAUUGGUUUACGGCUGGAAGGGAUACGGUUUUUGGGAUAGUUUAGAGGAGCCAUUUAAAGGAGUAUAUUUCGUGAACGACAAGAAAACAAUAUGGUCAUACACAUUCUGGUAUAUUUGGACUCUCUUUGCCAUUCACUAUGUCGUCAAUGGUACUGUGGCCAUUGAUUCGUUGUUUUCAUGGUUUAUGCGUAAUAUAUCUGCUCAAUUUCAAAUCCUUAACUUACGUUUUCAACUGGCUUCUGAUAAUCACAACUUGAAGGAAGGCGACAAUAAUCAACCACAUGAGGACCUUAACAAAUCUAUAAUCGAGUGUAUUAAGUAUCAUCAACGUAUCAUUGAAUUGGCUGAGAAAUUCAACGAUGUCUAUAAGCACCUUGUAUUUGUUAAAUUCCUAGUGAGUUGCAUCCAAUUGGCUUGUCUGACCUUUCAAUUCCAGCAGGGCAAUAGCAUAGUCACCCAAAUGUUUAAUUUUUCGUUUUUCAUCACGGCAACCAUUCAACUGAUGAUAUAUUGCCAUGGUGGCCAAAGAAUUAAAGAUAUGAGCUUAUCUGUCAGCACUUCUUUGUGGGAGCAUUUCAAUUGGCAUAAUUUGCAUCCGAAAUCACAAAAAUUGCUGUUGCUACCCUUGCAGAGAUCGCAGAUGCCGUGUAAUUUAAUUGGAAUUUUCUUUGUGGCCGAUUUCAAUUUAUUUGUAUGGGUGUUCCGUACAGCGGCUUCUUUUAUGACCAUGAUGUUAACUGUGGAUAAAAAAUAA